GAAGUGGGCACGGGCGCGCGCCGUCGGCCCCAGCUCCCGAGAGCCGGUGGAGAGGAGCGUGAGGAAGGCGGGACGCGGGGCGGGGCCGCUGCAGGGGCGGGGUCUGCAGGCUGGCGGGUGGGGGGCGGGGACCCCUCGUGCCCCCCGGACCCCGCCUGCCCGGGCGCCGGCGGCGGCACGGCCAUGAAGCUGAAGCUGAAGAACGUGUUUCUCGCCUACUUCCUGGUGUCGAUCGCCGGCCUCCUCUACGCGCUGGUGCAGCUCGGCCAGCCAUGUGACUGCCUCCCUCCCCUGCGGGCAGCAGCAGAACAGCUUCGGCAGAAGGAUCUGAGGAUUUCCCAGCUGCAGGCUGAUCUCCGUCGCCCACCCCCUGCCCCUGCCCAGCCCCCUGAACCCGAGGCCCUGCCUACUAUCUAUGUUGUCACCCCCACCUACGCCAGGCUGGUUCAAAAAGCAGAGCUGGUGCGGCUGUCCCAGACGCUGAGCCUGGUGCCCCGGCUGCACUGGCUGCUGGUGGAGGAUGCUGAGGGCCCCACUCCGUUGGUCUCUGGGCUGCUGGCUGCCUCGGGCCUCCUCUUCACACACCUGGCCGUCCUCACCCCCAAGGCCCAGCGGCUCAGGGAGGGUGAGCCAGGCUGGGUUCGGCCCCGAGGUGUAGAACAACGGAACAGGGCCCUGGACUGGCUCCGGAGCGGAGGGGGCGCUGUCGGGGGAGAGAAGGACCCCCCGCCGGCAGGCACCCGGGGAGUCGUAUACUUUGCGGAUGAUGACAACACCUACAGCCGGGAGCUCUUUGAGGAGAUGCGCUGGACCCGUGGUGUCUCAGUGUGGCCUGUGGGGCUGGUAGGCGGCCUGCGAUUUGAGGGCCCUCGGGUCCAGGAUGGCCGGGUUGUGGGCUUCCACACGGCCUGGGAGCCCAACAGGCCCUUCCCGGUGGAUAUGGCGGGAUUCGCUGUUGCCCUGCCCUUGCUGUUGGCAAAACCCAACGCCCAGUUUGAUGCUACUGCUCCCCGGGGCCACCUGGAGAGCAGUCUCCUGAGCCACCUCGUGGAUCCCAAGGACCUGGAGCCGCGGGCCGCUAACUGCACUCGGGUUCUGGUGUGGCAUACGCGGACGGAGAAGCCCAAGAUGAAGCAGGAGGAGCAGUUACAGCGGCAGGGCCGGGGCUCAGACCCAGCCGUUGAGGUGUGAUGGCCGGCCCCACCCUAACUACCACCUCAUCAGGCACAGACCUGGGGGACUGGGCCCCUGGCCUGCCCAGGAUGCAGUUUUCCCAGACCUGACCCCUCAGAGCCAGGGGCGUCGGCCCCUCUGCCCCCUCAGCCCCAGGGCGUGGCCCAGCUGCUUCUCCCCUCCCCCAGCCUGCCAUGUGGCACUGCCCACAGACUGGGGACAAGCGGCCCUUGUGUUGAGCCAGGUCAGCCCUGUCUGGGGCGGAGCAGGACAGGGGCUCGGGAGGGGGGGCUGCUGAGCAACUGGGUAACUUAUUGGGGCUGGGCAUGCACUGGGGGGCUGGAGGAGCGGGGCUGGACCCUCCCCACCUGAGCAUGCUGACCCCCCUCCUACCUCCAGAAUAAAAGAUCUCAAGCUGGA